AACCACUCCCACUCACUUCUACCUGCGCUGGACCAGGAAGUGGACGUUGUGUUGUUGUUCGCGUUCAACUUAAAAUCAACGAGACACAAAACUGCUGAAUGAUGUUUGAAGGUGGAUGAAGUGAAAGGUGUUCUCUAUUUGACCUGCAGGUUUUUUUUUUGUGGAGCUGCGUGUCUGUUCGUCAUGUCCCUGUCACACCUGCUGCUCGCCGUCCUGCUCCUGCAGGUGGCAGACACUGCUCAGAACAGGUCAGAGGUCACCACCGAUGGCCCCACUGGCCGGGACGUGGUGGUGAAGGAGGGAUCGGACUCACUCAUCGAGUGCAACGUGACCGGGAGGAUUCAUGGCGUAAAGUGGUACGACUCCAAGGGAGCUCUGCUGGGCGAGGGCGACGCAGGUGGGAAGUGGCAGAUUCAGGACAAUGGCGUCCUCAACAUUAGCGGCGUCUCCUUCAACGAUCGAGGCCGCUAUACGUGCGUGGCCUCCAUCGGCAGCGGCGAGACCCAGAACUACACAGUCACGCUGCGCGUCGCGUACACGGGGAGCGGCCUGGGCCUGUACUACGUCAUCGUGUGCCUGGUGGCCUUCACCAUCACCAUGAUCCUGAACGUGGCACGGCUCUGCAUGGUCAGCAGCCACCUCAAGAAAACUGAGAGAGCCAUCAACGAGCUGUUCCACAGCGAGGGCGCCGAGAAGCUGCAGAAGGCCUUCGAGGUCGCCAAGCGCAUUCCGAUCGUCACGUCGGCCAAGACACUGGAGCUCGCCAAGGUCACGCAGUUCAAGACCAUGGAGUUCGCCCGCCACAUCGAGGAGCUGGCGCGGAGCGUCCCACUGCCGCCUUUCAUCCUCAACUGCAGAACGGGGGCGGAGGAGAUCGGCGCGGAGACUACGGCUAACUCUGGGUCCGACCCCGCAUCGUCCGGCGGGACAGCGACGUGUCGGAGCCAGCAACAAGCCAUCGGCCCGCCCCGCUCUGACCCCAUCACAGAGGAGGAGGAAGUCUGCCAGGCGCUGAUGUCCAGUGAGAGGCAAGGAAACGAUGGAGGCGGCGGCGACGUCAAAGUGUCCAUCCACCACAUUUCAGAGAAGGAGUCAGAGUCUGAAACAAAGGUGUCGUAUGAAAGCAAUACAUAGCCUCAGUCAUCCCUGACGAGUCAUGCUCUCAAACCUGCUAGAUCAUGGUUUUACACUUUCCCUGUUAUGUUUUCAUAUGUGCUAAGUCAUGCUCUCAUAUCUUGUAAAUCAUGCUCUCAUAACCAUGGAGUCAUACUCUUAAACUUACUAAAUCAUGGUUUCAUACCUUCCUGAGUCAUGUUUUCAUAUGUGCAGGGUCAUGCUCUCAUUUCUCAUUAAUCAUGCUCUCAUAACUAUGCAGUUGUACUAUUAACUUUGCUGAGUCAUGCUCUCAAAACUGCUAAAUCAUGGUUUCAUACUCCCUGAGUCAUAUGUGCUGAGUCAUGUUCUCAUUUCUCAUAAAUCAUGCUCACAUACUCAGGGAGUCAGACUCUAAAACUUGCCGUGUCAUGCUCUCAGAUCUGCUAAAUCAUGGUUUCAAUAAACAGCCAGAUAUAAUAAA